UAUCUUAGCAUCUAGUGGAGACUAGAAGACAAAAAAAAAAGAAAAAGAAAUGGAACUAAUUGAGCGCGUACUUCAAUAUGUGUUUCUAUUCUUUUGUACACUGCUCGGUCUGAUGGAGCCUGGAACUGCACAGAAUUUCACAUUUCCUAAUAGUAGUCGAUGUGAUCCAUUGAUGUUGUAUCGUUACGGCUCAUGCAGAGUUUUGACUUGUGCUAGAAACGAGAGAAUCCUACCUGGCAACUCGUACUGUGAUAUCUUUUCUCGGCCAGCUGGUCGGCGCUUAGUGCGGUGCAUUUCUAAUUUACCGUGUUGUGCGUAUGGUGGAACGUGCAGGCAGAUCUGUAACUCGACAGAAGAACGUUUCGCGUCAACCACAGAGUGCAACACGAGGGUUGGUUUCUGCUGCAUUCCCAAAAACGUCCUCGUAGCCGGACCAGUGACCAACACGAGUUCUUCAACAGUGACUCAGCGUCAAGGAAAUCUAGAGUGUGGCAUCAACAAUGCUGUGGCGCCUCGUAUUGUGGGAGGAACUGUCUCCAGACCCUCAGAUUGGCCCUGGAUGGUUCGAUUUGUUUUCAGGCAGUCCCCAAGGAACAUCUGCGCUGGUGUCCUCGUGGAUGACGACACUGUGGUCACUGUGGCUCAUUGUGUGAAUGGAUUUGCUGCCAAUCAAAUGGACGUCAUAGUGGGUGACCAUGACAUUGGCAGAGUGGAUCCAGGAGAAGAACUGGUGCCGGUCAGUGGCCUUGAGAUCAGCCGAAACUACGUACCAGGCACACGAGGAAACGACUUUGCUAUUGUCAAGUUGGCCAGGAAAAUUCGUUUCACUACGACUAAACAACCCGCCUGUUUGCCUGAUCCCAGAAUCCCUAUUCUUCCAGACAACAAUCCCAACUCUCAAUGCUUUGUGGCUGGCUGGGGUGUGGACGAAAGUGGACGAGUAAGUUCCCAGCUUAGAUCUGCUCCAGUGCAGUUGAUGAACCUGAGUACCUGCAACACAAUACUGAAUUCACUUGGCGGGAACGUCACUCAUGUUCCAUCAGAUAUGAUCUGCACGGAUACGUCAGCAACAAGGACCGAUGCUUGUCUGUUUGAUGAUGGUGGAGCUCUGACUUGCCGUGAUGCAAAUAGCCGCUUCACUUUGCUUGGUCUAGUUUCUGAGUAUACCUGUGGCAGUCUUCCAGCCGUCUAUACAAGAGUAGACAAUUACACUUCUGCUGUUUUGAACCGAUUAUAGAAAACUGGGAAAAAAUCACAAUGUAUUUUGUAUAUUGUAUAGUACAUUUGUAUUAUCUCCCCUUACGGGUACCUAGAAUAGCUCAACUGCCUCAAUAUAAAAAAUGAUAAAUAUGUUUCAAGUUUAUGUACACAAUCCAUGAUGAUAUUUGUUAAGUAUUUAAGCACACUUUUAUUACCAUAUUUGUUUAAGUAUCUAAGCACAGUUUCAGUGAUGACAUUUAUCUAGUGCUGAAGCACACAUUUAUUACUAAUAAAAUUUGUUAGAUGCUUAAGCACACUUUUAAUGAUGAUAUUUGUUGGCUGUAUCUGAGCACUUUUUUAGUGGCCACCGAUAGGGGAAAAGACGCUAUUAGUUUUGUGUGGUUUGUCUGUCCGUCUGUCCAUCCCGUUUAGAUCUCGUAAACUACAAAAGAUAGGGAAAAUCCGACAUCAUAAUAUUUUAGACCAUUCAAAAUUUGAUACAACGGCUAUUUUUUUCUUUUAUGAAAACGAAAAAUCUAAUUUCUAAAAUCAAGUAUGCAAGCAGUUAUUUCAUAAAAGUACACCAUUUUUACAACUAUUCACAAUUAAUAGUAACAAACAAGGGAGCUGACUAUUUACCCAACAAAUACAGACAUUUUGCCAAAUUUUUUGUUUUAUUGUCAUACUAACUACUACAUUUAUGCUACAAAAAAUGUUUCAUGUUAUUUUUAAAGAGACAAAAAUCUAUUUAAUAUGCAUAUAAGUGGAACAUAAUGUAAAACAACAAUAAGUAGUUUUUCAUAUUAUCUUGUGAACUGCGGUAUGCUUCAUACAUAGACGAAACUCUUAACUAAAGGAAUUCUUUUUUUUUACGGAAAUGUUUUUUUUCUCUUGAGGCUUUGAAUAAGAGAUUGACCCUUUACAAAACAGUUAGACCAAUUAGAUAAAUCAUUAUACGACAUCAGUUAGGCCAGGUUCACAUCUAACUUCACCUUCACCUAUCCUUUAGUCUGCUGGAUCGUUGGGGCACCACACAAGAUGUCAACCUUCUUUCUCCAUUCUUCUCUGUCAUUAGCCUUUGAUAGAAUUUCAUUCUGAUAUUCUUUCUGAAAAUAUUGAAACCUGCCUGGGUGGACCACCAAGGCCGAAAGUGAUGAUAUUGUUUUGAAAGUUUCCUGAGAGAUUUUCAUGCGCGAACCCCCCCCCCCCUUAUUUUUAGGCGGUAUACUAGAUCUAAUAAUAGACACAUUGUGAAUUUAUAGGCGGCAUACUAUAUCUAAUAAUAGGAACAUUGUGAAUUUAUAGGCGGCAUACUAGAUCUAAUAAUAGACACAUUGUGAAUUUAUAGGCGGCAUACUAUAUCUAAUAAUAGGAACAUUGUGAAUUUAUAGGCGGCAUACUAGAUGUAAUAAUAAGCACAUUAUGAAUUUGCAAAGGUUUGAGGACCGUAAAUAUAUUGACUUUUUACAAAAUCCAGUUUAAACUGGUAUUUACAUGACUCCUGAAGUUUUUAUUUGGGCUUUGCACAUACCAAUAUGUUCCUGCAUUUUUAUUCAAAUAUAAUGCAUGCAAAUAGGCCUACUCAAAUGUAAUACAUAAACUUGAAAGUAAUGGGUACAAUAAAUAAUUGUUUGAAGUUUAAACCAAAUUAGGGAAUUCGUGAGGGUGAGGAAGAAACAGCGCAAACAAUUAUUCAAGGGGACUAACCCAACAAAUUAAGCCAUAUCUGUGAAUACUGAAGUAAUAGUUUCCUUGUUGCUAUUAAACAAAAUAAUGAAUGAAUUAAUGAA